AUGGCUCCUGUACUGGCCUUGCCUAAUGGUAAAGAUAGUUUCACUGUUUAUACUGAUGCUUUGAGGGAAGGCUUAGGAAAUCGAAUAGUAGUGCCUGAGGAUGAGAAUUUGAUGAGGGAGAUUCUGGAUGAAGCCCAUCGAUCGAAAUAUACCAUCCAUCCUGGUAGUACUAAGAUGUAUCAGGACUUACGACGGUUAUACUGGUGGGAUAAGAUGAAGAGGGAGAUUGCUCAAUAUGUACAAACCUAUCUAGUCUGUCAGCAGUUGGCUCGGGUGUAUAUGGAGGAGAUUGUGAGAUUACAUGGGGUCCCUGUCAGUAUAGUGUCUGACCGAGACCCUCGUUUUGUAUCAAGGUUUUGGCAAAAGUUUCAGGAGACCUUGGGAACUAAACUGAACCUAAGUACCACUUAUCACCCUCAAACGGAUGAGCAGUCGGAGCAAAUGAUUCAAACUCUUGAAGAUAUGCUAAGAACUUGUGUUUUAGACUUCGGGGGUAGUUGGGGCCAACAUAUGACAUUAGUAGAAUUCGCCUACAACAACAGUUACCAUUCAUCGAUUCAAAUGGCACCGUAUGAGGCUCUUUAUGGACGGAAGUGUCGAUCUCCAUUAUAUUGGGAUGAGGUGGGAGAAAAGAAGGUCUUGGACCCAACAGUUAUCCCAUGGAUGGAGGAUGCUCAAGAAAAGAAAUACUACCCUGACCCGACUCAUAUUGUGCAAUCAGAGGAGAUUGAGAUAGAUGAAUCCCUUACCUACGAGGAGAAACCUGUACGUUUACUAGAUCGAAAGGUGAAGGAGCUGAGGAGUAAACAAAUUUCAUUAGUGAAAAUCCUGUGGAAGAACCACGGAGUCGAAGAAGCGACCUGGGAGAUGGAGGAGGAUAUGAAAAAGAAAUACCAUGAACUGUUUGUGAAUCAAGGUGAGAAAUUUCGAGGAUGA